CCCACUCCGCACUGGGCGUGGCGGCCAUUUUGUUUGGGCACCGAGCGGGAGUUGGCGGUAGUGGCUGUGGUGACACAGACGAAAGACAGGAAAGGGCAGGCCAGGUGAGCAGGUGGACCGGUUGACCAGACAGCCAGCCAAAAGCAACGAACUAACCUAGCAGUCCACCGUUCACACAUCUAGCCAACCGCCAAACAAGUUAACCCGAAGCCCCUCCACCAUCAACUCAGGUUCGGCCGGCUUCCGGCCCGCCUUCCGCAGCAGUCGUGGCAGCCCCGGGAGGAGCACUGGCGUCCUUUUCCUUCGAUCCUCGGGAUUUGAAGAUGGCUGCACAGUCAGCGCCGAAAGUUGUGCUAAAAAGCACCACCAAGAUGUCUCUAAAUGAGCGCUUUACUAAUAUGCUGAAGAACAAACAGCCGAUGCCAGUGAAUAUUCGGGCUUCGAUGCAGCAACAACAGCAGCUAGCCAGUGCCAGAAACAGAAGACUGGCCCAGCAGAUGGAGAAUAGACCCUCUGUCCAGGCAGCAUUAAAAAUUAAGCAGACUUUUUAUGCAAGUCCGGACAGUGGCUGUGGAAGGAUAUGUCCAAGCUGUGGCUGGGCGUCUGGAGGGCGGUGCCAUGCAACUAAGAGCUUAAAGCAGCGCCUGGGUAAGAGUAACAUCCAGGCACGGUUAGGCCGACCCAUAGGGGCCCUGGCCAGGGGAGCAAUCGGAGGACGAGGCCUGCCCAUAAUCCAGAGAGGCUUGCCCAGAGGAGGACUACGUGGGGGACGUGCCACAAGAACCCUACUUAGGGGCGGGAUGUCGCUCCGAGGUCAAAACCUGCUCCGAGGUGGACGAGCCGUAGCUCCCCGAAUGGGCUUAAGAAGAGGUGGUGUUCGAGGUCGUGGAGGUCCUGGGAGAGGGGGCCUAGGGCGUGGAGCUAUGGGUCGUGGCGGAAUCGGUGGUAGAGGUCGGGGUAUGAUAGGUCGGGGAAGAGGGGGCUUUGGAGGCAGAGGCCGAGGCCGUGGACGAGGGAGAGGUGCCCUUUCUCGCCCUGUACUGACCAAGGAGCAGCUGGACAACCAAUUGGAUGCAUACAUGUCGAAAACAAAAGGACACCUGGAUGCCGAGUUGGAUGCCUACAUGGCACAGACAGAUCCAGAAACUAAUGAUUGAAGCCUGCCUGCCCUCCUGUGAGAGACUCUUGUUAAAGUUAACACGUCUGUAAAUAACCUUGAGAUAACAGAUGAGAAGAAACCUACCUGAUUGAUGCUGGAAGGACCUAUCAGAAUAGACUAUGGACUUAACUUGCCACCAGUUUGUGCAUUUAGUGUGUUCCUUUUACUUUUUUGAUACUAUAUUGUAUGAAACCCUUUUUUCCUCUUGACUUGAAUUUGGUUUCAUUUUGUUGUUUUGGGUUUUUUUCCCCAUCCUUCUCCCAGACUUCUCUUUGAACAUGAAUAUGUUGGCCUUCUUUCCACCUCUACCUCCCCUCACCUGUUACAUAUGCCCUGACAUUCUAACAUCUCUAUACCCUCUGGGAAAAGACCCAGAAAUAAUCCAUCAGUGUUCUUCCCUGACACCUAGGUUUCUGAGUUAUAGUUUUGUUCUGUAUCACUCAAAUAGACUCUUAGAAGUGUUGAGAAAAUCUGGAGUUCAAAAUGUACUCCGCCACAUUGAUAUUUUAAUGUAAGUUAGGGACAUUGACCUAGCUACAAAGCCACACAACAGGUUAUAUACAUGGUAGCAGCUCUGGUUUGAUUAAAAGUUGCCACCAUGUGCAUUGAUACCACAUAAUGUGUGCUGGCUUGGGUGUGUGCAUACUCUCUACCCUGAAAUAAGGUUUAUAAACCUUCCUCUUGGCUUUGCAUCACAUCCAAAGGGGUCCUGUUGGGUUGGCUUAUGCCUGAAAUAUGAAAUAGGGAAAAGCCAUUUGGUUAAGCAGGUGCUGCAGAAGGAAUGGGAGAAAUAUAGUAGAUAACCUGCUGAGGAGGGUUCAAAAGAUACUCAUUCUGAACAUAAUUCUUAUGUUUAUCCUAAACCAAUCAGGCUUUUCCAUACAUUGGCUUUGUUUGACCAUCUUAUUUUUCUUAAAGGUUUGUAAGUUCAACCAUAUCCUGUCAACUGUCCCAGUUCCAGUGAAAUCUUGUAUUUCUGGUUUAUUAUAACAAGAAAUCAUUCACUCAGACCCA